AUGUUUCGUGACGAGACCCGUAAGACGGCACAUAAAGCAUCCACGAAGACUUCCAAGCAAAGAAACAGCAAAAAUGCCAGCCCGAGUACUUCUACAAACUUAACUAACAGUAUUGCAUCGACCAAAUUAAUUACCCUAGCCUCGUCAAAUACCCCAGAGGAGGUCUCACGAAGUCUCUCCAUCAGUCUGAAUCAGCAGGCCAUCUGCUUCUUUCUGCAUAACUACGUUGUACCUUGCAUUCCAACUUCCGGACGAGUUGGAUAUCUACAUAGCCUUCAAUCUACGACGUCAGAUGCAGUACUUGCAUGUAUGGCCUCUGUCGGGAUGGCAACGCUAGCAAACAUAAAUUACUCCGCAGAUCUGCGUAUUGCAGCGCGAGAGCAAUAUGGCCAUGCGCUUUCUUUGACGAAUGCCAUGUUGCGAGACCCUGCCAAGGCAAGGCAGCCAGCAGCCCUUGAUACAGUCAUGUUGCUGGGCAUGUUUGAGGUAUCUCCCUCUCCAAAACACAUCACAGUCUACGAGAGUAGAGCUAACCAUUACUGGAGAAGUCAUCAUGAGGGAGCCCUUGCUCUGCUAAAAAUAAAUUCCAAGCCAGGUCCAGAAGACAUUAUCAAUUUUCGGAUGUUUGUACAGGCUCGUGGCCAAAUUCUUUCCAGCUGCCUAUUGACUUCGUCGCGAGCACCCCCAUUUCUUCAAGGUGUACCACGGGAGCAGCAAGGCUGCCUACCAAAAUCUGAAGGUCUCCUUGAAGAUGUGACAACACUGUUGGUCAAACUAUGCAAUUUACGCGCCGAAAUUGAAGACCGCAGCCUAGUCUUGCCGGAAGAUAUUAUACCCCAAGCCUUCGCUCAGGAAAAAGACUUUACUGCUCUUUACAAUGAGCUUUGGGAAUUCUACCCUUACAAAACACUUGCUGUUAUCGAUCGAGAGAUGCCACCGUCGCCGGCAGACGAAGUCUAUGGAAAAUAUUACCACACCUACACAGAUUACUUUGUCCCUAACAUAUAUAACGCUAUACGCGGCGCGCGUAUCCUUGUAACGGAAAUUAUUGAAGAGGCUGCUGCCAAGCUUUCUCCUUCAUCACUUCUGUAUGCUCAAUACGACAACUUAUCUCUUCUAAUCGAGCAGAGUCGAGCAGGCGCGUUACAGGCAGCGAUUGACAUAUGUGCCAGCGUGCCCUAUGAUCUAGGAAGCAUCGAAAUGAAAAGACAAGACGGUGCAGAUAUUGGAAGAAGCGGCAGAGCACUUGGUGGAUAUGUUUUACUUUGGCCGUUGUGUCUUGCCGGAGAUCUGCCGUAUGCCCCGACCUCGUUGCGGGACUGGGCAAUCAACAGGUUCGAAUACAUUGGACGUGCUUUGGGAAUCAAACAAGCGAUCUGGAUGGCUGCUCUGUUAAGGAUGGGUGGCAUGCGUGCUCUGCUGACAACAUUGCGUAUCAGUGAUGAGGACUGA